AUGCCGCUUAUGAUCAGUCCAGAACCGACAGGUGAUGACAUUGCCGUCAUCGGUCUUGCCUGUCGUUUCCCUGGAGAAGCCUCCGGGCCUCAAGAAUUCUGGGAUCUUCUACGCAAAGGACGAUCUGCCUACUCAUCCGCCUCAAAAAGAUGGAAUGUCGACGCCUUCCACCACUCCAAGCGUGGACGACUGGGAACCAGUGUAGCCGGCGGUGGCCACUUCCUUGAACAAGACUUGGCAGCCUUUGACGCAGCCUUUUUCAACAUUAGCCAAAAUGAAGCAUCAUCAAUGGACCCUCAGCAGCGUCUUACGCUCGAGGUUUCCUACGAAGCUUUCGAGAACGCUGGUGUUCCCAUUGAUAAACUCUCCAAUAGCCAGACCGGUUGCUACAUGGGUGGAUUUACAAGUGAUUGGAGAGAGGCGAUGACACGGGAUGCGGAGGCUGCGCCCAUGUAUACCGGUACUGGUGUCGGCUCAGAGUUCAUCUCCAAUCGUGUCUCGUGGUUCUUUAACAUGAAGGGACCGAGCUUUACACUGAACACAGCAUGCUCGUCUAGUUUGGUGGCGUUCCAUCUUGCCUGCCAGAGCUUGAGGACACGGGAGUCGACGAUGGCGAUUGCAGGUGGUGUUAGUGUGCACCUAAAUCCUGACUUUUUCAUGUAUCUGUCCAAUCAAGGGUUUCUGAGUCAAGAAGGUCGAUCCAAAACCUUUGAUGCCAGUGGAGACGGAUAUGGUCGUGGUGAAGGAUGUGGCGUUGUUGUACUUAAACGUGUGGAAGAUGCAAUCCGAGAUGGAGAUAAUAUUAGGGCUAUCGUUCGCGGCACUGGUGUGAAUCAAGACGGCAAGACCAAGGGCAUUACACUGCCUAACGCGGUUGCUCAAGCCGAGCUCAUUCGCUCCACGUACGCCUCCGCCGGUUUAGAUUUAGGAGACACUCAGUAUUUCGAGGCCCACGGCACAGGAACGCAAGCCGGCGACCCUACCGAACUGGAAGCCGUAUCACUCACCAUCGGAGCUGCCCUUGCAGCAGAUAAAAAGAUCCUCGUCGGGUCUGUCAAGCCGAAUAUCGGCCACGUCGAAGCAAGUGCUGGAAUUGCAGGUGUUAUCAAAGGAGUUCUGGCUCUGGAGAACGGCCUCAUUCCACCAAAUAUUCUCUUUAAUACUCCAAACCCAAAGAUCCAGUUCGAGAAAUGGAGGGUCCAAGUUCCAACUGCUCUCACUCCAUGGCCGAGUGACGGUGUCAGGCGGAUGAGUGUAAACUCGUUUGGUGCUGGAGGUACCAAUGCCCAUGCAGUAUUGGAUGGUGCUGAGCAUUAUUUGCGUGAGAGAGGAUACCAACUCACUGGUAUCCAAGGAAUUAAACCAGGAUCCGAAAGAGCCACUAAUGGACCUCGACUGUUUGCCAUCAGCUCCCAUGACCAAGAUGGUUUAGCGCGCCAGAGGGAGUCUUUGGCCAAGUUCAUACAGUCACAAGUGGCCAACAUCCCCUCCAUGAAACAGGAUGUAUACUUGAAUCGCCUCGCUUAUACUUUGAGUGAGCGUCGGUCUGCACUACCAUGGAAGUCAUUUGCCAUUGCAGCCAAUAUAGAGCAGCUGGUUGAAGAGCUCCGCGCGUCUGUACCACCAUCUGGUCGUUCGAAAGACGGCCCUCGUCUUGGUUUUGUUUUUACAGGCCAGGGAGCACAGUGGGCGCGAAUGGGUAUGGAGCUGCGUCAAUACGAUAUCUUUCAGUCGUCCCUUGAGAGUGCCGAGGCAUUUUUCAAGAAUGAGUUGAACUGCCCUUGGUCGGUGAUUGAGGAGAUGGAACGCGAAGAAGGCGACUCUCGCAUCAAUUUACCAGAAUUUAGCCAAGCCUUGUGUACAGUCCUUCAGGUAGCCAUUGUUGAGCUUUUGUCUUCCUGGGGAAUUACCCCUGUUGCAGUCGCGGGUCACUCGAGUGGUGAGAUCGGAGCAGCAUAUUGCUUAGGGGCAUUGACUCGUGAAGAUGCGUGGUCGGCUGCCUAUUGGAGAGGUGUACUCUCCUCUCAAAUUCCUACAUUAAACCCCAAUCUCAAGGGCUCGAUGAUUGCAGUUGGGUUGUCAGAAGGAGAUGCCGAACAAUAUAUUGCUCGCGUUUCGAAAGGUUCCGUUACUGUUGCCUGUGUGAACUCUCCCUCAAGCGUCACUGUCUCAGGUGACACAACCGGAGUCGAUGAGCUCCAGGAGCUCUUACGGCAGGAUGGCGUGUUUGAACGAAAGCUUAAAGUCGGUGUUGCCUAUCACUCUAGCCACAUGCAGACAAUUGCUGCUCAAUACCUUGAGGCCAUCAGUGGCAUCAAUACCGCAGAGAGCCAUCCGGAACGGACAAUGCACUCUAGUGUGUCAGGAGACCUUGUCGAAGCUGAUGAACUUGGCCCGAUGUACUGGGUCCGAAACUUGACCAAUCCUGUCCGAUUCUCUGAUGCGCUGGGUAGCCUUGUUCUACCGAUUGACGAGUCCGGAGAGCAAGUGAAGACAGCUGCCGUCGAUAUCCUAGUUGAAAUUGGGCCACACUCUGCACUCGGAGGGCCUGUUAAGCAGAUCCUCAGGGAGAUUGAAGUAAAAGACGUCGAGUACCAAUCCAUUCUGUCACGAGGCAAGUCAGCUGUGCAAACUGCACUCGGAUGUAUCGGUACACUCUCUCUUCGAGGUGUUCCGGUAGAGAUUAAGGAGGUCAAUCAGUAUCAUGCUUCUGGAUCUACCCUGACACCACUGCAUGACCUCCCUGCAUACGCCUGGAACCACACCCGAACCUUCUGGGCUGAACCACGCGUCAACCGCGAGUACCGGUUUAGGGAGCAUCCGCGCUACAGUCUCGUUGGAGCGCCAUUGCCUCGCAUGAGCGAGAAUGAGCGUGACUGGAAAGGCCUCCUCCGCAUUUCAGAAGAACCUUGGAUCCGCGACCAUCGCAUCCAGAAUCUUGUCCUGUACCCGGCGGCAGGAUACAUUGCUAUGGCAAUUGAAGGUGCCCGACAACUCGCCGACAAAAGCCGGGAAAUCUCAGCGUUCAAGCUACGAGAUAUCCAGAUUGGGGCCGCCGCCACGGUGACAGAUGACGCAGAUGUUGAGAUCAUGCUUCAUAUGCGUCCUCACGCGAAUGGGACCAGAGACAAGGCAUUCUCGUGGUGGGAAUUCUCCAUCAGUACUUGUGCUGCUGGCCAGGAGCUAAGACAGAACUGUGCCGGGUUGAUGCUUGUGGAGUACAAGUCAGAUGAAGGGUCGGCUAUGAGCAUCGAGAAUGAAAUUGCAGCCAUCGCAGCUACAGAGCAGUACGCUGAUAUCAAGUCCUCUUGUAUCACUCAGGAGGAACCCGCCAAGUUCUACGAGGACCUCGCCUCACUCGGACUAAACUACGGACCUACCUUUAGCCUAGUGACGGAAAUCCGUCUGGGCAACGGAGUUUCUUGCUGCACUGUGGAGGUCGCUGUUCAUGGGUCAACUGUGGUUCCUCCGGCCUCGGUCAAGCGCCCAUAUAUCAUCCAUCCUACCACGCUCGACGCAAUGUUCCACGCUGUCUUUGCAGCUUUGAAGGGACCAAGUGGAGUGCUCAAGGGUGCAAUGGUUCCCAAAUCAAUCGACCAGAUUACCAUUGCUGCCGACAUUGACAUCGCAGAGAAGUCAGUAUUCCAUGGGUUCGCCACGGCGUCCAAGCAUGGAUUCAAAGAGAUUAUGUCAGAUGUGCACAUGUUCGACAGCAGUCUGCGAAAUCAUUCAGUCUCUAUCACCGGCUUCUGCUGUGCCGAUGUCGCUGGCAGCGUUGAGAUGACUGAUGCUGCCGCCGAUGCUGUGAAUUUGUGUACCAGCAAUACCUGGCUACCGGCAAUUGAGCUGCUGUCUUCCGAACAACUUCAGAAGGUUGUGGAAGACCUGGCUGCUAAUUCAAAUACCUCUGGUCUAUCAACAGUGUAUGAUGGAGAGUCAGAGAAGAUCAAGUCUCGCUCAAUGAUUCACCAGAUCAUAAAAUUGAUUGCCCAAACAAAGCCGGAGAGCUCAGUCGUGGAGUUUGGUCAGACUGGCCUACCAUUGCUGUCUGGCAUUUCUGCAAGCCAUAUUGGCUCUCCUCUCAACUACAUGCUGGCAAGUGCCGACGGGGAAUGGCUGAAGGAAGCCGAGGGCAACCUCAAAGAUUCAGGUCUCAGUCCACAGUUCACAUUGCUUGACGAGAAGAAAGAAUUAUCGGGCAGCGGCUUUGACAUUGCAAUGUCCGAUUUUACCCCAGGAGACUCUACUGAUCUUAAUACCAUCCUUGAGCGAUUCGGCAGCAUUGUUAAGCCAGGAGCAAAGGUUCUCUUUGUUGAUAAUUUACCCACUGGAUCUGUUGACCGAGAUUCUGUCUUGUUAAAGCAUGGUUUUCAUCUUGACUUCAGCACUGCAGCUGGGCAAACAAAUCUCACUGUUGCAUCGGUGCCUGUCACCAACGGUAACGGAAUAGUUACAGACGAAAUUAUCAUUCUGGAACCAGCUGUUCCUUCGCCAACUGCAGAUGCCGUCGCAACACAAGUUACCGCGCAGCUAGAUGCUGCCUCUAUCCCCUCAAAGCGCAUCACCUUACAAGCACCAUUGGCAGAGCUGAAGGGUAAGCGCUGCAUCUCGCUUAUCGAAGUGGAGUCCUCUUUCUUAGAAGACCUAUCUGAGUCUGGAUUUGAAAGCUUGAAGAGUAUUCUUCUAGAGACGUCUAGCCUUGUAUGGUUUGUUGGCGUCGACGGUCCUGCAGCAUCUUUAAUUGCCGGCCUUGCACGAACGGCUCGCAAUGAGAUUGCUGGUUUACAGCUUUCUACCUUGCAGGCACCCCCAGGCUCGUUUGGAUCUUAUGAGAAUUUGGCUUCGUCUAUUGUCAAGGUGAUUACAUCACCUAUUCGCGACAACGAGCUACGAAUUGAAAAUGGUAUACUUCAAGUCAGCCGUCUUCUUGAAGAUCAUGGUUUGAGCGGCGCCAUCGACGGGCUUCAAAGAGGAGAGAAGGUUCUCACACCUCUAUCUCAGACAGUGCGUCCUCAGAAAUUGGUUGUUCAAAACCCUGGCCUGCUUGAUUCUUUGUGCUUUGAGUUGGAUGAGAGUCUGGAAGGCCCCAUUGCCGAUGGCGAGGUCGAGAUUGAAGUUCGUGCUAGUGGUGUCAACUUCCGUGAUGUGAUGACUGCGAUGGGCCAGAUUCCCGAUGAAUCGGUCGGACUAGAAGCCAGCGGCGUAGUCCGUAAAAUUGGAAAGGAUGUGACUCGCUUCCAGAUUGGUGAUAGAGUCUGCUGCCUGGCCCACGCUGCUCAUAAGCCUCUGAUUCGCGUUCCUGUUGUGCAAUGCCAACGCAUUCCGGAACAUCUCUCCUUCGAAGAAGGUGCCACUCUACCCAUGGUGCAUUAUACCGCAUACCACGCUUUGGUCAACCUAGCCCGUAUCCGAAAAGGACAGACCGUUUUGAUCCAUGCUGCUGCGGGUGGUGUUGGACAGGCUGCCAUUCAAAUUGCUCAGCAUUUUGGUGCAGAGGUCUUUGCUACCGUUGGAUCUGAUGCAAAGAGAACGCUCAUCAAAGACCUGUACGGGAUCCAAAAUGACCACAUCUUCAACUCGCGAGACAUCAGCUUCGUCAAGGGUUUGCUGCGAAUGACUAAGGGCCGGGGUGUUGACUGUGUGCUUAACUCCUUGUCGGGUGAGAUGUUGAGACAGACGUGGUACUGCCUCGCACCAUUCGGUGUCUUCGUGGAGAUUGGAAUGAAAGAUAUCCUUAGCAAUACAGGCUUGGAUAUGUUACCCUUUAAGAAACACGCUACCUUCUGCUUCUUUAAUCUGGAGAACAUUGCCACCAUUAACCCAAAACUCAUUGAGGAGAUUGGACUAGGUGUCUUCGGGCUUCUAGAGCAGGGUUUCCUAAAGCCUGUAGCUCCAGUGACUGCUUAUCCAGUGUCUCAGAUGGAGAGCGCAUUCCGUCUGAUGCAGGCCGGUCGCCAUCAAGGCAAGCUAGUCCUCUCUUACAGCCCUGAGGACGUCGUACCUAUGCUCCGACGUGCAGACGACGCACUACGACUCAAUCCUGAUGCGACAUAUGUCCUUAUCGGUGGAUUUGGAGGACUUGGACGCAGUUUAUUACGCAUGUUUGCUGCGAGUGGCGCACGGCAUCUGGCAGUCUUCUCCCGGUCCGGUGUUGCUUCAGCAGCGGCUAAAGCCUGUGUAGCUGAACUUGAGCAGCUCGGUACACGAGUUCAGGUGUACCAGUGCGAUGUUUCUAGUCCGUCAGCUGUUAAAGACGCCGUUGAGCAUAUCGAAGAAAAUCUUCCUCCCAUCAAAGGUGUCAUUCAGGGAGCAAUGGUACUCCGCGAUGUGCUCUUUGAGCAAAUGUCUUACCAGCAGUGGAUCGAGUCCACGAGGCCCAAGGUGCAAGGCACAUGGAACCUCCACCAAUUUCUGCCAAAUGAUAUGGACUUUUUCAUUACCCUAAGUUCAUUUGCUGGUGUAUUCGGUAACCAAGGCCAAGGCAAUUACGCAGCUGCGGGAGCAUACGAAGAUGCUCUGGCGUAUUACCGUCGCAGCCAAGGACUCAAGGCAGUGACCAUUGACCUGGGAGUCAUGCGCGAUUCGGGAGUUCUGGCUGAGCAAGGAACAACGGCUAAUCUAAAGGACUUUGAACCAUUCGCGAUCAGCGACGUGACAUUCCAUGCAAUGAUUAAGAAGGUCAUUGUUGACGAAGUCUCCGGCUUAUCUACUCCAGCCCAGAUCAUCACUGGUAUGCCAACAGGGAAAACAGUGCAAGCUGCCGGUAUUUCGCGACCUUACUUCUUUGAUGACGCUCGGUUUUCCACCCUGAGCCUGGCAGGCGAGCAGGGCGAGGAGGGUGCUGGAGGCGAGGUCUCGAUUGAGACGCAAAUCUCCGGCCUCGCAUCUCACGAAGAGGCCGUGCCCUUGGUUCAGGAGGCCCUUAUCAACCGGGUGGCGAAAUUCCUGCAGACAUCGCCGUCAGAAAUUGACGCCAGUAAGCCACUGUAUCACUAUGGUGUGGAUUCGCUGGCAGCAGUGGAGAUGCGUAACUGGGUGUUCAGGGAGAUCAAGUCGGAUAUCUCGCUGUUGGAGGUCAUGUCAGCCAGUCCGAUCAGCAAGCUUUCGCAGGAUAUUGCUUUCCGCAGUAAGGCUAUUGCAGCGUGA